AUGAACCUCCUCUAUCGAAAAACCAAGCUGGAGUGGAGACAGCACAAGGAAGAAGAGGCCAAAAGGAGUUCCAGUAAGGAGGUGGCCCCUGCAGGCCCGGCAGGGCCUGGGGCAGGCCCAGGGUCUGGGGUCCGAGUGAGGGACAUCUCCUCACUGCGCCGCUCCCUCAGGAUGGGGUUCAUGACAAUGCCCGCCUCCCAGGAGCACACCCCUCACCCCUGCCGCAGUGCCAUGGCCCCACGCUCCCUCUCCUGCCACUCUGUGGGCAGCAUGGACAGUGCCGGGGGAGGGCCUGGGGGGAGUGGGGGGGGUCUCACAGAAGACAGCAGCGGCCGAAGACCCCCAGCCAAGCCCCAGAGACACCCCAGCACCAAGCUCAGCAUGGCAGGAUCAGGGGUGGAGACACCCCCCAGCAAGAAGGCAGGCUCACAAAAGCCAACCCCAGAGGGCCGAGACUCCAGCCGGAAGGUCCCUCCGCAGAAGCCGAGGCGAAGCCCCCAUACCCAGCUCUCCGUCUCCUCUGAUGAGACCUGCCCUUCAGCCCCCUCAAGUCGAGGGGGGAACCUGGCCCUGCAGCGCCUUAGCCGGGGGUCCCGAGUAGCCGGGGACCCUGAUGCUGGUGCCCAGGAAGAAGAGCCCGUUUACAUCGAGAUGGUGGGAGACGUCUUCAGGGGUGGGGGAGGACGCAGUGGAGGGGGUCUGACAGGGACCCCCCUCGGGGGUGGGGGCCCAACCCCUCCAGCUGGUGCGGACUCAGACUCUGAUGACAGCGAGGCUAUUUAUGAGGAGAUGAAGUACCCCCUCCCCGAAGAGGCAGCAGAAGGCCGGGCCAAUGGGGUCCCCCCAUUGAUGGCGACCUCCCCUCCACCCCAGCCCCACGUCCACCGCCGGCCAGCAUCGGCCCUCCCCAGCCGGAGGGAAGGGACACCCACCAAGACCACUCCUUGUGAAAUCCCCCCACCCUUCCCUAACCUCCUUCAGCACCGGCCUCCCCUCCUGGCCUUCCCCCAAGCCAAGUCCGCUACCCGAACCCCUGGUGAUGGGGUCUCGAGGCUGCCUGUCCUCUGCCACUCCAAGGAGCCAGCAGGUUCCACCCCAGCCCCCCAAGUGCCUGCACGAGAGCGGGAGACGCCUCCCCUGCCACCGCCUCCUCCCGCUGCCAACCUCCUCCUGCUGGGACCCUCAGGCCGAGCCCGGAGCCACUCGACGCCCCUGCCUCCCCAGGGCUCUGGCCAGUCCCGGGGAGAGCGGGAGCUCCCCAACUCCCACAGCAUGAUCUGCCCUAAGGCGGUGGGGGCACCGGGAGCCCCGCCUGGCCCAGCCGCCUUGCUCCCCGGCCCCCCCAAGGACAAAGCUGUGUCAUACACCAUGGUGUACUCAGCAGUCAAGGUGACCACGCACUCCGUCCUGCCAGCCGGCCCACCCCUGGGUAUUGGGGAGCCAAAGACGGAGAAGGAGAUCUCAGUCCUCCAUGGCAUGCUGUGUACCAGCUCCAGGCCCCCCGUGCCAGGGAAAUCCAGCCCCCACAGUGGGGUGAUGGGCGUAGCCCCUGGGGUCCUCCAUCACCGUGGUUGCCUGGCUUCACCCCACGGCCUCCCAGACCCAACCGCAACCCCCCUGACCCCUCUCUGGACCUACCCAGCCACAGCAGCUGGGCUCAAGAGACCCCCUGCCUAUGAGAGUCUCAAGGCUGGGGGGGUGCUGAAUAAGGGCUGUGGGGUGGGGGCCCCGUCCCCUAUGGUCAAGAUCCAGCUGCAGGAACAAGGGACCGAGGGGGGUGCCUUUGCCAGCAUCUCCUGUGCCCACGUCAUCGCCAGCACAGGGACGCCAGAGGAAGAAGAGGAGAUGGGCGCCACAUUUGGGGCAGGCUGGGCUCUGCAGAGGAAGGUCCUCUAUGGAGGGCGGAAGGCAAAGGAGCUGGACACAGAGGUAGAAGACAGUGCCCGGGCCUGGAAUGGCAGUGUCGAAGGUCCAGGCAAGGUGGAGCGUGAGGACCGGAGUCCUAUGGCCUCAGGAAUCCCUGUGAGGAGCCAGGGAGCAGAGGGCCUGCUGGCCAGGAUCCACCACCACAGAGGAGGGAGCCGUACUGCGCUGCCCAUACCCUGCCAGACCUUCCCGGCCUGCCACCGAAAUGGAGACUUCACGGGAGGCUACCGACUGGGCCGCUCUGCCUCCACCUCUGGAGUCCGGCAGGCCGCGCUCCACACACCCCGGCCCUGCAGCCAGCCCAGGGAUGCCCUGAGCCAGAUGCACCCCGAGCUGCCGCUGCCGCUGCCCCUGCCACCCCCGCCGGCCCGCGAGCGCGACGGCAAGCUGCUGGAGGUGAUCGAACGCAAGCGCUGCGUGUGCAAGGAGAUCAAGGCCCGCCACCGCCCCGACCGCGGCCUCUGCAAGCAGGAAAGCAUGCCCAUCCUCCCCAGCUGGCGGCGGGGACCCGAGCCCCGCAAGUCCGGCACCCCGCCCUGCCGCCGGCAGCACACCGUCCUCUGGGACACCGCCAUCUGAGGAGGGCGGGGCGCCGGAGGACACCUGACCGGAAGGGGCGGGGCCUGAUGCUUGAGUGACAGGAGGACCAGGGACCACCCUGACCUUCCACCCACCCUAGGGCCCUAGAAACUGGGGAGCCUGCCAAGCCCCAUCGGUACUUUGGGGUACUGUGAGUACCCCCAAGCCAUUUGGAGGAGGACGAG